UAUGUAAGUAAAUUACGAAGCAAUCAUCGAUGGUAACUUUUUUUUUCUAAUUGAGUAGAAGCUAAAAACAAAAUGAUGAAAUGGUAAGAAAUAAAUGAACAAAACAUGUGGGAAUUAUUUUAAAAUAAGGAAGGAUAUGUCGUUUAUACCAAGAAGAAUCCAGAAAAUGGAAUCAAUAUGAAUAGAUCACAAACUGAAAUUGCCAGAACACCAGAGUAGAUUUUAGAUUUGGUUGCUGAUGUAAAUAAAAGGCCUUUAUAUGAUGAAAGAGUAGAAACUGUAAAAUUUUUGAUCUAAUAUUCUUAGGCUCAUGUUAUUGAAUAAAUUGAUGCUAAUACAAGAAUUAUUUAUGUAAGAAUUAAACCUCCUAUCCCAUUUAUGAACAGCAGAGAUCUAGUUAUGGUUCAGAAGGUUUAUAAAUAGAAUGAUGGAAUUUACAUUGUUUGCUGUAUCUAAUAUUAAAAUAAUAUUAGCUAAAUCAAUUAUUCAUUAAAAAACUCCUCCUAUCAAUAAAGUUGAAAGGGCAGAAAUGCAUUUAAGUGGAUGGAUUAUAAUUCCAUAACCAAAUCAAAUGACCAAGAUUGUGACUAUCUAAUGUUUCGAUCCAAGAGGAGAUGUUCCUACCUCAGUUACAAAUCAAUAUGCUAAACUUCAAACAGACAUGAUGAAGGCUGCAAUCAAAUAUAUUGCACUUAAUUACAAAUGAUUC